AUGGGAGAUGUUGAUAUCCCAAAUUUGGAAGCCCUGCAACUAGUCGGUUCAAAAAAACAAGAUCAGGAAAACGAGAAAAACAGGCAAUUUGAAAAUUGGACAGGUAACGACUUUAUAAAUGGCGUUAAUCAACUAUUUCAAGAGAAUCAAGAUGCAGCGGAUAAAACUUGGAACGAACUUCUUUUGAAACGAGCAUUGGAUGAUUAUGCUGAAUCUCGGGAUUUUACAAUUACCAAAUUUCGUGAAAACAUAGAUACUGGGCUCACUAUUCUCUCUUCAUGCGGACUGUGCACUACAGACAUCGUUUAUCGCUGUUUCGAGGGACGGGAGGCCGUGGAUUUGCUCGUGCUCGAAAUAAUCAAGAUUUUAGAGCUCCAGAACGACAAGUGGGUUGAUAUAGACCAUACAGACGGAUCUGGAUCGGACAAUAAUCCCUUCAAUGGACCUGCGGGAUUCACCUCAUUUUUACUCACGUUGGCUGUAGAGCUCGUAUCUAAAAAAAAUUUGGAGUUCGAAAAGGUCAAGUCGUUUGUUAAGAUUGCUGUUUUGAGAGCCCAUGGCCAGAUAGAACCUAUAAAAUUGUUGUAUGCAAUGGCUGAAAAAUACGAACAACAAUUUCGAGCUGAAUUGCUUGAGGUCUUCACAUCAUUACUCGAAGAAGGUAACCAACAAAAGGGUCUCAUAGAGGCUUACCUUCUGGCUGUCGUUUCCGUUCUGAAAGCCCUUUACUUGAAAACGACUACUUUUUGCACAGAGCUUUUCACAAGCGAGCAAUUUCAGGCUGUGGCUCAACCGAACUUGUUCAAAAGCAGUGAAAUAACCGGCUCACUACUAGAUUUAAUGUCAAUCGCUUGUAUUGAUAGCGUGGCAAGAAACUACAUUGCAGAGAAUUAUUUUAUUCUGCUAAGCGAAUGUCUUAGUAUCGAAGCGUACAAGUUUGCAGCGACUUUAGUCUUACUGAAAACUUGGAAUUUUACCAAGUUGAAGGGUGACGCGAUUGACGAUAUGGCCUCAACGCUCAUACACCAGCUCAACGUACCCCAGAAGCAGAAUUCAGCGGAAAGUCUGAAGCAGGAUGAAUUGGCUAUAGAGGGUUUGGCUUAUCUUUCAUUGAAACUAUCCGUCAAGACGCUGCUACUUUCAAGUUUGAGCCUGCAUGCUGCUCUCGUUGAUUACCUUCGCGUAAAGACCACUCCCAACUCGAUGUACUACGGUAUUCUGGUGAUUCUCGGUAACUUAACAGAAUCUCAGGACCCCAAUGCAUCCAUUGACAAGUCUAUACAAGGACUAAAGGAUCGCGCCGAGCCGAGUAACAUUAAAGCACACAAAGAGACCGAACCGAUCAAAGAAGCGACAAUCUUGAAAUUUAUUUCAGACUGCAUAUUAAGUCGCGACGUGGUCGGCCAUGUGAGAAGCCAUAUAAAAAUAAGGAAAAUGCAGGGGACCGGCUCACAUCAUCAGCUUCUGAGAUUGAUUUACAAUGCUGCCAAAAACAAAGCUUUUAUCACAACCUUGGUAUCACAGGGCAGCGUUACUAUCUUACUUGAAUCUUUGGUGCUGCCUAGCAUUCCUUCGGAAGUGAGGAUCUUAGCUCUGCGGGCCUUAGCAAGGAUUCUGACGGCAGUCGAUCCUAAACUUAUUUUCAAAGAGUACUCUUCUCUAAAUGCUCUUCCGUUUCUGUUCGAAAUUCUCCCUGAUCCAGCUCUGUCCUCCGAAAACUCUUCACAGGUUCAAGAUAUCUACGAAUCUUUGUUGGCAUUGACAAAUCUCGCUACUUUAUCGGAAAGCUCUGCGCUUUGUGACAAAAUAGUGUCAACUCCCGCGUAUUGGAUCAAACUAGAGAACUUGAUGCUCGAUAGUGUGGUGGAAAUCCAAAGAUCUGCACUCGAACUCUUUUCAAACAUGAUGGCUUCCUCGCUUCGUGUUGCCGUCAAGUUUUUUAACUUCCAAAACCCUUUGAGUGUGCGUAAUUUCAAGAUUCUUGUAAAGCUUCUGAAUUUGGAUGACAGAAAAUCUAGAUUAGCUGUUGCAGCUAUAUUUGCGAACAUAACCACCUCCGUUCCUUUCAUUGCUGAAGAGCUUAGUCAACAGGCGGAUUUGAUGAAAAAUGCCAUCGAGAUUCUACAUGAUCAAAAAGACGAUACCGAAAUGCGACAUCGUCUCCUUGUCCUUCUCGAUGCAUUGAUGGACUCUGGGAUUCACUCUGAGGUAUUGUCAUCUCAAAGAUCAGAACUUAAAAAGGCUUUGCUGGAAGCUCAAAAAGCGGAGCCAUCCUCUUCUCAAUACAGCGCUUCCAUCAGCAAUAUGAUAAGCAAGCUAUAA